CAAAGGUCAAAGUGCACAUUUACGGUAGCUUCAGACGGAUUCUGUGAUAUAUCUGUUUAUAAGUCAGAGGGUGUACAUUCAGGUUGAUUGACUAUGGCGUCAGAGGAGACAGGUGUGCCUUUGGGCUCAGCUGAGAACCUGGAGGACAGGAGAGCACAGGAGCAUAGAGCUACAGAGGGGCCAAAGACAGAGGUCCCAGCCAGUCCCAGCCAAGAUGGACCUCAGGUGACAGCAGGCCAGGAGGAGGGAGCAGGUGUCUGUCAGUUCUUCCUGUUGGGAAAGUGUCGUUUUGGAAACAGGUGUCGUCGAUCUCACAGCACUCCAACAUUAGACGACCCAGAGGCUGUUAUAGACCAGGAAAACAGGAAGAAGGGAGAAAAAGAGGGAAAACUCAAGAAGAAAGCAAUAGGGAAUAAAACAAACCAGCCAAAAGACACAGAGGGAAAAGGAUCAACCAAGAAGCCCCGCAUGCGUACAGCCGAUGACGUCAUCUCUCGGAUCCUGUGGGACCCGUCAGUGGAGCCGGCGGACUUUGUGGUGGGGUACGUGGACCGCUUCCUUGGGGUGCUGGAGCGGCCCUUCUCUGAGUUCAACUGGGACACCGACCCCUGCGAUUGUGACUACUCCUCUGAGCUAGCCCUGCCCAGACACAGGAUUCAGUACUUCACCCAUAGAGGGCGUAGAGUCUGGGACCGCAACAACAGGACUGACAGGGUGUUUGGAUCCACUGGACAGUGUCUGGCGCCCCCCUUUGGGCAGGAGGAGGAGCAAGAGCAGGGGACACAAGAUGUUGAACAACAAGACCCAAAAAACGACCACCGUGAAUCAAGAGAAGAACAAGAUGGCGUCAUCACUACAGAGGAGGGAGAAGAGAGUGACGAGUCCCUGAUAAAACAGGAUGUUGAAAACGGACACAUGGAGGAAAGAAAUCAGAGCAAGACAAGUAUUCAGAUGCCUGAGUCGACCAGACCAGGCACAGGAAGUACUCCACUGAACCAACAGGAAGCAGGAAGAGAAUCAGAACCCUCGGAAGAGGAAGUUGGGAAGGAUUCCGUUUUAGUCGUCAUAGCAGACCAGAUGUCUCUAUCCCAGAGAGAAAGCGAGAGCAGGGGGGAGGAAGGUGAGAAGGAGGAAGAAUGGAAAGAUUACUGGGAUGGAGAGAAAAGCCCAGACCUAGCCCAGUGUCCGUCUGUGCCUGUGGAGCAGAGAACAGAGAGGGGUGGAGGCCGGCCUUCCAAACGUAAGCCCACCCACUUCAUCACCUUCCGGGCCAACACUCCCUCCAUCCUCUCCUCCUUCCAGCACCUUCAGGAGGAGCUCACCUCCCUCCUCCCCUCAUCCGCCCCUCAUUGGUUGCCCCCCUCCUCCCUCCACGUCACCCUCUGUCUCCUGGUCCUCCCCGGCCCAGCCGAGGUCACUGCUGCUGGGGAGAUGCUCCAACGCUUCGCCUACCUGGACCGCAACCCCCCUGUGGCCGUCUCCUUCCCCCUGAAACUGAAGAACUUUGGUGGGAAGGUUCUCUACCUGAGCCCCCAGCCUCAGCCCCACCUCCAGCAGCUGAACGCUGGCCUACAGGAGGCCUUCAGAGAGCAGGGCUGGCUGCACAGGGACUCCUUCAACCCACGCUACCAUCUCACCCUGGCCAAGGUGAAGGACCGGGAGGGGGCGAGGGUGUUUGAGGGGGUGGGGGAGCUGAAGGUGGGUAAGGGGGUGAAUUUUGGGCGACUGCCUAUAAAUAGGCUACACCUGUGUAGCAUGGGGAUGACUGGGGAUGGGUUUUAUGAGACACUGUGUUUGGUCAAUCUCCGGUGAGAUGUAGGUGUGUGUUUGUUUAGGUAUGGAGGUGCUAUUUUACAAAGCACAGAACCCACAUUUCCACACCUCAGUCUCCAUAGUUUCAGUUUGUGACAAAACAAGUAAUCAUUGCUGGUUUUGUGUAGAGAGUCAUUGUACCAUCUAAACCGCUGUGAAAUAUCUUUUGAUAUAAAAUAUUGUAUUUUCAGCUUUCUGAAGCUGGUGUACAAAACCGGAAGUAAAAGACACAACAAUGAAACUUAAGAAUGGGGAGCAUAGAAAUAGCACACAGAACAGAUCUACCACUUCUUAGAUUUCAAUGACAAUGACAGAUCUAUAACUCACAUUUCUAUGUGAAUUUGGUCGCUCUUCCUAAAAGUUUCGUAUUGCAGCUUGAAAAUUACUCCAUUGAUUAAAAUAUGAAAUCCCAAUGUUCCUGAAGUGCCUCUAUCUGCUACGGACCAUGAUGAAGUAGCUGUAAUUGUAAUGACUAAUUUACUGUACCUUGUUGUUAAGAAGAAAAAUGCUAUUACAACCUCUUUGCAAUAAGGAAUUGAGACCAAAAACUCAAGAGAAGUUUCAAGUGUUUAUUACCAAGAGAAUCCCCGUCCAUCUUCUGUUCUGGGCCUGACCCUGCUCUCUGAUCCUAGGUAAUUUCCUGUUAUCUGAUUAGGUCAACAACCUUUCUAAAUGAGCAUACACACAGUUUCAUGGCCUGAACACCAUUAAUACUCACAGUAAUCAUUCACUACACAGGAUACAAACAAACUACAGUUUAACUUGAAACAUGUUACAUUUUAAUAGAAUCCAUCAAUGUCUAUAGCUUUCACAGGGAGGGACACCCACAUUACAUUUCAUUUAGCAGACUUUAUUACUGAUGUAAUAAUGUAAUGUAUUUAAUAUAAUAAUGGCUGAAAUAUUAUCUUUCCAUCAUGGUAACUGCAUCUCAACCAAUCAAUUCUUACUUUGCAGCUACAGAGAUGAUUUUAUAAUUGUAAUAAGAUUAAUUUAAUAUGAAUAUUUUAAUAUAAUCCAACAGAAACCCACUGAUCACUGCUACGUUGAUCAUGUAAAAUGUCUGCUUUUACAAAGAAUUAUGACCUUUUGGAUUUGGUUUGCCAAGGACAUUAAAUAUUGAACUUGUAAUUUUUG